CUCGUGCAUCGGAAGACUUGGUAUGAUUUGUACGAAUCACACUUCAAAAACAACCUACGUAUUCCUAUUGUUAUCCCCUUCUAUUUUACUCCAUCUUUGAAAGGAAGAAAGGAACCGAAACAGAAAACCACAACCAUGACAACCGACCCAGCCGCGAGUCAGCCCGCAGCUUCUGCGUCCCAACCACCUACAGAUCGGUGGGAAGACUCUCCCGUGGAUCGUGAUGCUCUCCAGGCCCACGAGUACUGCACCCAAAGAUGUCUGCUGGGCCUGCAACGCCGUGGUAGGCUGGACGAGAAGUGCCCCAACGUCGAACGGCACCGAGUUAACGGCGGUACCCAUCACCCCACGACCGUGGCGGAGCUGGUGCAGCAGAUACGAUUGGGACUGGACCACAAUCUGGAGCGUGCGAUGCCCAUCGUCGGGCCCGGCUACAGACGUGCUGCUCGCCCUGGCGGCUCCGGUGCUCCCUUCAAGGUCGUCUCUCCUCGGUUCGGAUACACGGUUAUCGGCAAAGGAACCAUAUGUCGGGUCUGGCCGCGCCUCGAACGGGAGGCGGAUGUGUACACGCAAAUCUUGGUGGCAGCACAGGGGUCCGCGGUGCCCGUGUUCUUGGGUAAGAUCAACCUGCAGCAGCCAUAUGAGCUAGAGGGCUUCGGACGGGUCCGCCACAUGCUCUUGAUGGGCUACGGGGGCGAGGAGAUCGGGAUGGUGACGACUAUGGAUUAGUGGGUCCGGUACAAUCAUGAAACCACGUCCGCCCACGAGAUCGAGGUCCUUGGGGUCGUGCACAAGGACCUGGCCCCGCGGAACGUGCUGUGGAAUGCGGAGCUGGGCCGGGCCAUGAUCAUCGACUACGAGGCGUGUGACCUCGUGCUGGACCGGAUCCCAAGGCGGCCUGCUUGGGUCCCACAGGGGCUGGCGAGUCGCCUGUCGCAACAAAUGUCUUUGGCCAUGAUCCCAAACGUUAACCAUGGGCAUUGCAGAUACCACAACGUGUGCUGCCACCAUGAUCCGCACAAGACUUGUCCAAUGAGAAUCUAUGGCUUACCACCGUAGAUCUGAUUUCUAUUCAGACUGGACUGAUAGAUUAGUUUAGCCAGAUUUCGUUCUUGAUGUACUAGAAUCCAUGUCCG